CUUUGGGCCAAUGGCACGGCCGGAUGCCCGGAGGGGCGAGGCACCAAGGGCCAACCCUCCCAGCCUAGCCCGCCUCCUCCUGGGGUUAGCCCGGGCGGGGCCCAGCGGCUCCCCGGAGGCCAGGCCACCGCUCCCUUCCAGCUACCCUAGCUGGGGCACCAGAGAGAGAAAUCUAGGGCUGCUGUGCAACCCGCCAACCAGGCGCUGUCUGGAGGUGCUACCUGUCCGUUCAGGUCACCUGUGCGGGCUGAGAGGUCUCUGGACGCCAGUAGCGCAGGGUGCGUUUUCUUUUAGGAACAGAAAGAGCAAGCUCACCCGGACACGCACACACAGGCACAAACGCACCCUGACGACCAGGACAUGCUCAGACUUAUGCCGAACCACAGCCACAGCCACGGAGACACACCCGCGCCCGCUCAUUCUGGAGAUGACAGCUGUCUCCUGGUCCAACAGAGAGGUGGCUGUAAACAAACCCAGGAACACCCAGAAGCAGGAGGAAAGAAACACACAUAAGCGCUCCUGUGGAGACAUGGAGUGCGGACCACUCAGACACCGGUGUCCACAUCCAGUUCUCCACAGGAUCCCUCUGAGAUCUCUCCUCCUGGGUCUGGGAUACCCUGGACUACUAUGGCCGAUGUCUCUGCCAACAGUGCUUCCUUUAGUUGAUGAUGUUAAAACAUUGAUAUCUGGACCAUCCUCAGACAAGCUGCCAGUCACUUCGCCAUCACCUUGGCAACCGUGAAGUGGAGCAGCGCAACCAGCAAAGCUCUCCAAACAGGUGAGCCGUGGGAAGCAGAGAGACAGAGACCUGGGGCAGCACUGCAGCGAAGCAGUUGCACAGAAACCCCAGGCCUUUGCAGGUAAUUAUCAGCUCUCAGUCACCUCCCCACUGUGUUUCCGUUCCCUACACCUCCACCCCUCCCACCCCUCGCUGUCACUUUGGUAAUCUCUCCCUUUAUUUCUCAAAGUUUGCAGUUAAACCUUGUACGAGUGGCUCAUUUUGGAAUCAGUGUGAUCAAGAGUCACCCCGAUAGAGAAAUACAGGCCUGGCUUCCUUCCUUUAUUGAGACACAUUAACAAAAGCCACAGAACCAGAAAUGGGAAAUGCUCUCUAUUCACGCACAGGAUGGUAAAAGAAAGAUAGAGCAUCUUAUAGACUUGAGGGUGUCAGCAUCACUCACAAUCCCCUGGUGCUUCUCAUACCAAUCCUUGUACAUGCUGGGAAGGGCUCCCUAGCAUUUUGCGCUUCCUUCCUGCCACAGAGAGUGAACCCGAAUCUCAGAAGAGAAAAAUGUUGUGUAGAAGGAUACGGUUGGCACAUGACAGCCAUCAAUAGAAACCCAGUUUUCAGGACUCAUCCUUACCCCUGUGGUCCACAGGCCUCUGGUUCUGGCUUUGGCUUGUGCUGUUCAUGCACGUUGAUGCUGCUGCCUCUCAGAUCCUCUUUCACGUCUAUGAUGUAGGUGCUGAGAUCUGUAAACUCCAUUUCUGAGGAUUUCUUGCUGGGUGUCUUGAUGAUCUCACUGGCAGCCAGGGAUAGUUGGUACUCACUGCCAGCUCAUCUCAGCGCCCCUGGGUAAGCUGUCCCCCUGCUCUGAAACCCAUGUUCCAGUCAUAUGAUUCUUCCUCUUUCUGAGAUCUAACUGUUGCCCAGCUGUGAACUUCCUGUGCAUGCCAUUUUUCUGGCAGCCUCUCCGCUUCCUUCUGUUCUUUCAUUCUGGCUGGCAGUCUCAUCCUCCCAAAGUUAUUCUCACCAAACCUUUCUGGGGAUUUUGUUAGCACAGCCUUUGGGUAACUGUGCAACACAUUCCUUGCCUUCAGUGCUUUUUAUUUGAAACAACCAACACAACUUCUCAUCUCUACACUCAACUUCAAUCAGUACAAUGUUUACAAACUUUUCUAGCUCUUUCAGCCCUUUCCUUAUGAGUAUACACAAAACCACACGAUAGGUGAGAUCUGAAAAACAAGAAGAGGCGUUGACAUUCAUUCACAAGGUCUCAGGAUCUGUUUGGGUUGUGAAGCACACUGAGAAGUUGCCAGGACUACCAGGAGUUUGAAGUCUUGCAGGGAGUGCAGGUACGAUAAGAGCUCUGGUGAUGCGGGACACUGGGAGGACAGCAGUGAGGCCUUGGCUCUGAAAUGAUGAGGUGGCAGAAUGGUAUGAGGUGCUUAGAAAGUCAGAUGUCACCGAAACUUGAGAAUCAAGCAGGAGUGAGGUUGUCAAACAAGUAUGUGGGUUAUGGGAGGCUGUUAGGGAGACAUUGAGGGCAAAGAUACAGAUAAGAAAACAUGUCAAGGCCUGUCCAGGUGGGAGUUGUUAUCUUCCCCUGGGUGUAUACACUGAAGUCCUCAGCCCCAAUCAGAAUGUGACCUUAUUUGUAAAAAAGGUUGCAGCAUGGCAUGUGUGUGUGUGUGUGUGUGUGUGUGUGUGUGUGUGUGUAGUUAAAUUAGAGCAUAAUAGAACAGACAUGAAGUUUCUCAUCUAAUAAAACAGGCGAUCUUAGACAGGGGGCAGAAACAAAAGCAGAGGACCACUCAGGUAGGGUGUCAAGACUGUAUGGUUGUGUCUACAUUCCAAGGAAUACCAAAUGCUGCCAACAAACCCAAGAAGCCAGGAGGAAAACCCACUGAGCAAGUUAGGCUCUCAUAACACCAUUGAUUUCAGACUCAGACUGUGAGAUAAGAUGCUUUCUCGCUGGAGCCACACACACCAUCUCCGGUACUCUUUUGAGGCAACAGUGAUACAAACCAAGAGCAUAAGCUAGGGAGCAGUGGUGAAGCAGGCUCCAUGGCUUGGUAGCUACUGUUUUCAUUCAGCCAAGAUCUGGGCUCAUAGGUAUUAGCUUAUUUAUCCCAUGACCACUAGAAGAGGCACAUACUAUCUAUUAUCUAAAAUGAAGAGAGAGAAUCUCCAAGGACUCUUGAUGAGUUGGCUAAGGUUACUCAUUUCAUGUGUGAUGUUAAGGUCGGGCUUUGAAUUUAGACUGUGAAGUAUCUGUUGGUAACACUAUUACUCUAUGGAUGUAGUCUUUUAUUUUUUAAUCUUGAGAAUAAUAUCUACAUUUAGAGACUUUGAGAGAUCCAGACUACUUGAAGUCUAAUUUGUAAAUGAUAUAUUACUCAUUACUAUAAAAGAUAAAUUUAUAAAUGAUAAAAUAAAAAUAACCUAUAAAUGAUAAAUGUACUCUUUUUUGUGUGGAUUUACAUGGAAUUUGACACACAAAUCAUGUCACCACCAUGAACUGAGAACCACUGUCCUCGGAGGCUUUUUAAGGAGAGUGUAAUGGUACAAUUUUUAUUUUAGUAUAGAGAAUGGGCUGGACAAAAGGAUGAGUUGACACUGACUGUAUUAGGAGUCAUUUCUCUGGGGAACUUUCAACAAGAAACAAAGGUCAACUAUAAACUAUUAAAAUUUCAUCUGAGAUCCUUUAAUAAAGACUCUUUUAAAAAUCCCAAAA